CAAGAAUCAUGGCAGCAGUUGAGGAGCUUUCAGCAAAGAGACAAAAGACAGAAGAGGAACCAGAAAAUGAAGCUGAGAAAGAGGUAUCCGCAAAACGACAAAAAACAAAAGAUGAGCCAGAGAAUGACACAGAGGAAGAUGUAUCCAAUGGCCAGGAAAAGGAGGUUGAAGAGGAGUCUGAGGUGAAGACUGAGGAGGAGCCUAAAGAGAAGCCCUCUGGUAUACCCCUGAUAUGUGGUUCUUUAAACUGGGACCUUAUGGGCCGGGAGAAGAGCAGAGUCAACUCAAAACCGAGGAAGAUAGAGCCCGCCUGGACUCCCCAAGUAAUGGGCGCACUGGCUGACGUGAGAGUUACUGACAUCAUAGCUGGACCCUGUGCUGCUCACUCCUUCUUUAUUACAGACAAGGGACAGCUAUAUGGAAUAGGGAGAAAUGAAAACGGACAGCUCGGUCUGGGUAACACUGAACGUCAGGAUGGAGCAGUGGAAAUCCCAUUUUUCAGAGGAAAGACAGUGAUUGGGGCGGCGGUGGGGCGUAGUCACAGUGUUGUCCUUACUGAAGAGGAGGGCGCAUUUGCGAUGGGAGACAAUGAAAUGGGACAGCUGGGCAUUGGUUCUAACGUCGGCAAAGGAUCCUCAGUGACCACUCCAAAAGCUGUACAACUCCAACAGAAAGUGAAGCAUGCCGCUUGCGGGUUUGAUUAUUCCCUGUUUGUCACUGUUAAAGGUUUCUUGUACAGUGCAGGGAGCAGCGAAUCAGGGCAGCUGGGUAUUAAUGACAACGGCGAGUACAUCGAAGGAAGAAGGUUGUUCUAUUCAACGCACGCAUCACCUACUCGUGUGCACUCUUUCUUUACAAGAGAUCCGAGGACCAAAGAGGUUACAAGAGUUCCCAAUGUGUUGAUACGUUACGUAUCAGCGGGGCAGCAUCAUUGUCUAGCAGUUUCCGAUAACGAUGAACUUUAUACGUGGGGUUUCAACGGACACGGCCGACUUGGACACAGAACCACUGAAAAUGAGCUAAUCCCUAUGAGAGUUCUUCACUUUCGACCGGGAGAUAAAAACUCCUGCGUUAAAAUUGCAAAGUGCUCGUACGGAGGCUGUUUUGCGGUGAACAACCUUGGCAACAUGUACUGUUGGGGACAGAACCAGAUAAACAGGCUGGAAUGUCCGUACCCUAUCCCAGUUGAGGACCUCUACGGAUGGAAUGUUAACGACAUCGGGCCCGGGAAAAAUCAUCACGUUAUUGCGGCGGACUUUUCCAGUAUAGCCAUGGGAAAAGCUACCAAUGGUGAACUGGGACUAGGCCCCUCUAGGAAGAGUUCAAGCCGACCCGAUAAGAUGCAGAAGGUCGACGGACUUAAAAUAUUGCAGGUGGGAGCAGGAACUGCACACACGAUCCUUCUAGCAGCCGACGAUGACGACGAGGCUAAAGAGAUCCUGAAGAAACUAGAAGUAAACGAUGACUAAACUCUAAAUGCACCUCCCAACACUACAGGCCUCCUAUAGAGCUGUCAUUCGUACGGCCCACCACAUCGCCAAAAGAGACUAAAGUGAACUUUUAAAAACGCACAGAUAGGACGUUCCCCAAAGAGACUGAAUCCACCCCUAAAAUAACAUGUUCGAGCCAGAGAUUCUAGGAUUGUCUGAGAGGACGGUUCCGAAGAGUUAGGCUCCAUAUUCUGGGGCUAGGACACGCUCAGAUAGUAGCAGUUUUUAAUCAUUGUGAAUUUGUAGAUAUUCCGCCACCAAACAAAACGCUGCCUAUAUUCUAUUUGAUAUUUAUAUUUUGAUAUACUACAUACUACUUGAAAGGAAUUGAUUUUUACAAUAAGCAGUUUAGUAUACUUAGAUAACGCCUUUUUCGACAGAUUUCAUGACAAAUUUCGGGUUUUUUGACGACCAUGAAGUUAUGCUUAGCUUGAUUGCAAAUAUGAAUAUACUACAUCCAUCGUGUCGUCCUUUUAUCCCACCCUAUUUUGAUCCCUAACUAUAAAGUAUAUCACCUAUCGGGCCUUACCUUGUCUCUACAUUUGAUUUAUCAGCCGAGUUCAACUUAUAAUUAUGUAUAUUAAAAAACGCUUAGUAAGCUCCAACCACGUACCCCUGUCAGCUGUCACGUGAACAUUUAAUUCACAUAGAAUUUAAACAGGUGCUCUCAGUAAAUAUCUGAUGUGCGAUCUCUAGACUAAUUAGCAGAUCACUGCCUACAUACGGUCUUGUAAUAUAUCGUUCCCUCGUUAUUUGGGCUUCUCUUUAAACUCUCCAUGGUCCACCCUGUACUAUUGAUUAAAAUAUAAAGUGCCUUUUCAUUAUUACCACCCCUAGCACUGUUAAAGGCUUACAUUUUUAAAUUAACACAAUACAUCUCCUCCUUUGUUUGACUAGUAAUGAUGAUGAUUUAUAUAACUAAAACUUAAGUUUGGUUGAGUUAAUUUCAAGACGUAAUCUAAUUUCUUUAGUAUCACACUUGAAUAACUUUACAUAAGUUCUUAAUAUUAUCGUAUAGAAACAUUGCAGUUGUCAUUCUUGAUGUAUCACUGAUUUCUUAUGUAAUUGUAAUCUUCUGCUCCAACUUUGAGCAGUAAAACAAUUUAUAGACUUAUUCAAUUAUAAA